UAGAGAACACGUCGAGAUAAACUUCAGCUGUUUUAAACGUAUUUUGCAUAGAUAAAAAUAGUUAAUAUUAUAAUUAAAAGUGGAUAAAGUGUUUAUAUUAAUCACCUAAAGUAUUUUGGGUGCUAAUUAUGGCUAAAUUAGUGGAUGUAUACAGAAAUGAGACUGUUCUUGGCAGAAGACAACUGCCACUAAUCAUAGAUGAAAAUCUAACGAUGGUUAUGGAUUUGAAUUCUAUGGGUCUCGUUAAUGAUAAUACAAAUAUUCGUGGACGAGAAUUAGAUGAUAUUGUUGAAAAAUUGAAACUGUUGUCACCGUAUGAAUUAAAAAGUGCUCUCAAAGUUAGCAUUCUUGAUAUUAGAAAUGUAUUAGAUCAAGCUGUACCAUGUGUUGGCUGUCGAAGAAGUGUUGAACGAUUAUUCUUUCAAAUAUUGCGAUCUGGCUUUCCAACAUUAGAUCCAAUUAUAAUAACAAAAGGUGGUAUAUUGACAAUUAGAGAAGAUAAGAUAAAAAAUCCACAAGUCCUAUGUAAUUUAUUUCAUGGACAUGCAACACGACUGAAUAAUCUCGUAGAUAGUCAACCACGUUCAAAGAAAAGUCGUCGUUGUUUACUACAUUCAUUGGAGUCGCAGCGACCUAGACCAGUAACACCAGCAUGGCGUGAUGUAUGGGAAUGUAUGCGUACACAAUGUAAAGAUGAAGUUGUAUUAAUUGAGGCAUCAAGUCUUCAUGCAACACUUGAAAAUUAUUUACGAAAGCACAGAUUUUGUGCUGAAUGCAGAACAAAAGUUUUGAAAGCGUAUACAUUAUUAGUAGAAGAACCUGAUCCCUGCAAAGAGAAAGGAUAUGUCGCAUCUCUAUAUUCAGGAAUCAAAAGAUGUAUACCAGACAAGCAUUUACAUCUUCAAACAAAGACUGAUUACAUUGCAAAUUUAAUAGUGCGUGCCGAACCAGAAAUAAUGGGCAGCCGCCGGGAACGACACGCUAAAACAUUAGAGAUUGCUCAGGAAGAAGUAUUAACAUGCCUUGGAAUUUGUAUUUAUGAACGUUUACAUCGUGUUUAUAUGCGUUUACGCGAAGAAGAAUGUACAUGUCAAGUGUUAGCUGCCGUUGCUGUUGAUUGCUUAUGCCGUAGCUUUGAAACCGCUGUUGAAGUAAAACGUGGUGUAACACGCUUAGAACAAUUGUAUGAAGAACUAACACGCGAAGAACAACUAAAAAUUCAACGGAAAGAGAAUAAAAAAUUAAAACGCAGACGUAAGAAGGAACGUAAAGCUGAGAAUGAGGAAAAAGAGAAUUGUGAGGAUUGUCAUGAGGAAAUAACUAAUUCAAAUGAAUCACUUGAUAAUGAUUAUAUUUGUGCACAUCUUUCACCAAAGAAAAUUGAGCUUAAAGUGAAAGAUUGUUUGUGUAAUAACUGUGACAAGAAACCAAAAGCGGGGGUGGGCGGUGGUGGCUAUAAUAAAAAUGAUCCAACAGUGAAAAAUAAAGAGCUAUUAAACGGAAAUUGUAAUAGAUCUGAUAAUAAAAAGAGUGGGAAACUGUGUACAUCUCGUGGUGGUGGAAUAACUGAAGUGAGGUGUAACAAUUCAACCACGAUAUUGGAUGAAAAGUGUAAUUUGAAAACAACAUCAGCGGAUAUAUCAUCGUUAUCACCAUGCCAAUCUUGUCAGUGCGAAAAUGAAGUGAGUGACAUAUGCGAAAUAGUCGCUGAGAAAGGGGAACGAACAACAUUAGAAGGUUGGUCUUCAAGCGAACAUUCACAAGACUGUGGUUACUCUUCAGAGAAUAAUAACGGAUGCUGUGAUACUGCCUCAGGCUCAAGUAUACCGAGUUCACCAGAAGGUUCAGAAGUGGCGUGCUCAGAAGGCUUUUGUAAUCAUGAAGGUGGCGAAUGUCAUAACAUAGAUCGGCCCCCUUCAUCAAUGUUAGAAUAUGAUACAGCACCACAAUCCACAGUAAUUAGCCAAAGUUCAUCAGCAUCGUCAGGAUUAAAAUUAACAUUACAACAGAUGUUAGAUUCAUGUUCAUCAGAUGAUGAGGAAGGUGAAGAACAAAGUUAUAUUCCAGCUGAAGAGGUAUUAGAGUUUAAAUCGAAAGUACGACAUCUUACUGAAAAACGACAAGAACUUCGACAAACUCUAAAAACACGAUUUGCUCAGUUAUGUUUCAAUGUCCCAAAGUCUCAGCCGCGAAUGCUACCUGUAAGAUCAGCUCGAACUGGUUCCGAAUAAUUAUCAUUCUCAAAAUAAUAUCAUUAGUGAUGCUCAAUGACCUUUUUAUAAACUUAGUUUUCGGUUUUAGUCUUUUUCUUAGUUUCAUUUUAAAAUCAUUAACUUAUUCAAAUGAUAUUAUAAUGAAAAAUUCGAUUAAAAUUAUCAUUUAGAUGCAUUUUUAGAGAAACUUUCCAACAUGAGGAUUUUAUAUAUUGUUCAGCGCAUCGAAGAAAUCAUAGAUUUCGGAAGCAACUCUUUUCAAAAGCCGCCGUGUUAAUUCUUAAUUGAACAUCCUUUUAAAUUUCUAACAAAAACAUCAAUUCACUUGGGAUGCCAUUUUACGAAUCAAUUGAACGUAAAUCGUUGUCACUGCCAUAGACUCUUCCCAUUUUAACCAAAUUCAAAAAUAUUAAACCUCAAAAUUAUUUUUCCCAACAUAUCAAAUUUGGUAAAUAAAUGUGUAGUGUACGAAAGCACUGAUUAGAAGGCCUAAUAACACCUUCACGCAUUCAUAUUUUGAAAAUUCUCAACUUUAUUUUCUUCAAAUAUUUAUAAAAAGGUCACGUUCUUUUUUUGUCUGCAUCAAAAAUAAUUAUUGGCUGAAAAAAAACAUAUAUAACCAUAGUAAGACAUAACCAAUCAAUUACACGUUUCAUUUAUAAAUAUGCCCCUUAUAAAAACCAAAAUUAGAAUUUUGAGAUAUCAUUUUUUUUAAAUACAGUGUCGUCAAAGAGGAGUUAUAUCGAUUGGGCGCUCGUAUGUGUGUGCAUAUUAAAAAUCGGUAUAUUUUUGACUCUUGUGUAGUUUUUUUCUUCUUUUUAUUGAAUUUAUUGUUGCAUUCCAUUUGGGGUUUUUAUUGUUAAUAUAAUAAAAUAGAUAAUUGUUUUGUAUAUGAAUCACUUUGUUGCAGCGCCAAACUGAAUUUUAUUAUUAUUAUUCUAUUUUGAAAAAUGGAUAAUGAAUACAGCAACUUUAAA